GGGUGCUCCGGGGGGUGUGCACCCCCGGCCGGCUCUCCGCCUGGAUGCCUCCCGGCGGCGGCGGGCCCAUGAAGGACUGCGAGUACAGCCAGAUCGGCACGCACGGCUCCUCCUCCCCCAUGGAGUCGCCCCAGCAGAAGAAGAAGAAGAAAAAGAAGCAGCAGCAGCAGCAGCUGCAGAAGCAGCAGAAGCAGCAGCAGAAGCAGCAGCAGCAGCAGCAGCAGAGGCAGAGCUCCGCGAGGAGGAAAUGGGAGGUGUUCCCCGGGAGGAACAAGUUCUUCUGCGACGGGCGCGUCAUGAUGGCCCGGCAGACGGGCGUCUUCUACCUGACGCUCGUUCUCAUCAUGGUCACCAGUGGACUCUUCUUCGCCUUCGACUGCCCGUACCUCGCACUGAAUGUCACACCAGCCAUCCCCGCUGUGGGUGCUGUCCUGUUCAUCUUCGUUAUGGGGACCCUGCUGCGGACCAGCUUCAGCGACCCUGGCGUCCUGCCUCGAGCCACGCCCGAUGAAGCCGCUGACCUGGAACGGCAAAUAGAUGUGGCGAAUGGCACCAGUUCAACGGGGUACCGCCCACCCCCCAGAACCAAGGAGGUCGUCAUCAAUGGCCAGACCGUGAAACUUAAAUACUGUUUCACCUGCAAGAUUUUCCGGCCCCCGAGAGCUUCCCACUGUAGCCUGUGUGAUAACUGUGUAGAACGGUUUGAUCACCACUGUCCCUGGGUAGGCAACUGUGUGGGGAAGAGAAACUACCGAUUUUUUUACCUGUUUAUUUUAUCCCUGUCUUUUCUGACCGUCUUUAUAUUUGCAUUUGUCAUCACCCACGUCAUCCUUCGCUCGCAGCAGACGGGCUUCCUGACAGCAAUCAAGGACAACCCAGCCUCUGUGAUUGAGGCCGUCGUGUGCUUCUUCUCCGUCUGGUCCAUCGUGGGACUAUCAGGUUUUCAUACCUACCUGGUCAGCUCCAACCAGACCACCAAUGAGGACAUUAAAGGCUCCUGGUCAAAUAAGAGAGGGAAAGAGAACUACAACCCCUACAGCUAUGGAAACAUCUUCACCAACUGCUGCGUGGCUCUGUGUGGGCCCAUCUCUCCCAGUCUCAUCGACAGAAGAGGCUACAUCCAGCCCGACACGCUGCAGCCUGCUGCGCCUUCCAACGGGAUGCCAGCCUAUGGGGCUGCACAGUCCCAGAGUGACAUGUGUGACCAAGACCAAUGCAUUCAGAGCACCAAAUUCGUGUUGCAGGCGGCGGCCACACCCCUGCUGCAGAGCGAGCCGAGCCUGUCCAGCGAUGAGCUUCACCUGUCCUCCGGCCGGCCUGGGCUGGGCACGCCGUGUACCAGCCUGACGCUGGGCCCGCCCACGCCCCCUUCCUCCAUGCCCAGCUUCAGCACCGAGGGGGCGCUGGCGGACCUGCUGCCCCUGAAGGACGAGCCCCCGGCCCACCCGUUUCUGACCCCCGAAGAGGUGCCGUCGCCGCCGCGCCUGCUGGGGGGCAGCCCCCUGGACCCCGGCCGCGCCCGGCACUCGCUAGAGCAGGCGGGCCAGGACUCAUUGCACGCGGACUCGGUGCGCGGCCUGGUGAAGCUCAGCUCCGUGUGACCGCGGGGACUGCCGGCCCCGGGCCCAGGACGAGAGGCCGGGAGAGCCCCAGACCACCGGGAACGCGAGGGAGCCUUUGCAAAAGGCAGAGACCAGCGGGCCACAGGCAGACCGGCUCUUCGAUCAUGAAAAAGCUCUCUGCUGGGGCGUUGGAGGAGCCGGGGUGGGACCUGCUGCUCCUGGGACAGCCCCGGAGGAAUUGCACCUGCACCGGCAGGGACUGUGCACCUGCAUCCAGGUGAUGCCUGGAUGGGUGGACCAGUUGCAGCUACAUGAAAGGG